UUAUUUUAGAUACAUUAUAAAGGGUAUUUAACGUUUCAAAUAUACGCCUCAAAACUGUCAAAUUAUUAUCCUUGGGUUGGUUUCGUUAUGUUGGCAAAUCAUAAGGAAGUAGAUGGUGUGAUUAAAAAAAACUCCCAUUAGAAGAUGGAAGUCUUUCUGUAUAAUUCUACUGUUUGUAGAUUAUGUGGAGAAGAAAAUGAUAAUGGAACAUUGUUAUAUUCUAGUGAAGAAAAUAGCCAGAACUUAAGUGAAAUCAUUAAUACCUAUUUACCAAUCAAGGUAUCAGACGACGGACAAUUACCACGGACCAUUUGUCCAGGAUGUACUAUCCAGAUAGAAGCUACUGUAGAAUUUAUAACCUUGAUAAUAAAUGGACAGAAAAUAAUAAGAGAGCUGCAUCAGCGGGAGAAGGAAUAUAAGAAGACAUUGUUCAACAAUGCAGUGGCAAGUGAGCCUGAGAUUAUCACCGAGAACAUUGUUUAUGAGAUCAACACCAGCGAUGGCGUCUACCAAGUGGAGCACCCGAUCGCCCUCCAAGUGGCAGGCUUGGAGAAGCCCAAACGCAAGCGAGGCCGGCCUCCGAAGAAGCCCAAGAGUCCUGAGGAGUUGGCGCAGGAGGCCGCUGCCAGGCAGCAGGUCGAGGAGGCCAAGGUUAGCCAGAAAGAGGAGGAGUUGCAGGGGAAACGGAGGAGGAAGACACCAACUAGAUUCAAAGAAGCUGUUCAGGGCAAAGAGCUAGAAAGGAUAUUCAAAGAGGAGGGAGUGACUGACGGCGAUGAAAGUGACGCCGAAGCUAAACCAGACGCGGACAAGCCUCCCGUGUCCAAGGAACCCGAGGUCAUAGGGCAUAUGGAGGCCUCUGGAGAACUUGUAGUCGUUGUUAAGGGCAAAGGCCGGGGGAGGCCGAAAGGUCGCAUGCGACCGACGCGCGAGCAGUGCGCCAUCUGCGGCAUGGAGUUCUCUUGCGUUGGCCGCUACAUGUCACACGUGGCCGCGCACGGACCCGUGCAGUACCGCUGCGGCUGCGGCCAGACCUUCCCCACCAGACUCAUGUUCACUACGCACCAGAGGACCGCCGCACACGAGGGACAGACUGUCAUCCCGUGCGACACGCAGAAUCCGGAGAACCCCCAAACGUCUCCAAUAAAGACAGAGCAGCCGCCAGAACCGUCCGAAGAACUGCCCUCAGUAGAGAAGCUCGUCAGCAAUGUACAGGACACUACGCUGCCGGCCGCCGUGCCGGACGCCGAUACGACGGAGAACGUGGAGAAACCGGACGAGAAACCGGAAGUGGCACCAGAAACGACGCCGCCAGAGACCGAGGUGGAGACAGACACGGUCGUGCUCGGCCCGUCCGGCAAGCCCAAGCUCAAGUGUCCGCAGUGCGACAAGAUGUUCAGCAACAAGCAGAGCCGAUCGCUACACAUCAAGGCGGUGCACGAAGGCGCGAAACCGUACGUGUGCGUAGAGUGCGGAGCAACGUUCGCGUAUCCUCGCUCGCUCGCUCUACACGCACAUUCUCAUCGGAGGGCUCAGCCCACUAAAGGCUUCGCCUGCGAUCUGUGUGGGAAGGUGCUGAACCAUCCGUCAUCCGUGGUGUACCACAAGGAAGCCGAGCACACCGGCCAGCGCUACGUGUGCGGCAAGUGCGGCAAGCUGUUCAAACACAAGCAGCUGCUACAGCGACACCAGCUCGUCCACUCCCAGGCGCGGCCUUACAGCUGCAAGAUCUGUAGCACGUCGUUCAAGACGAAGGCGAACCUUUUGAACCACGCAUUACUCCAUUCCGGCGUUAAACGGUUCGCGUGCGAGCUGUGCAAGCACCGCUUCGCGCACAAGACCAGCCUCACGCUGCACAUGAGGUGGCAUUCGGGCCUAAAACCAUACACCUGCAAAACAUGCGGAAAGAGCUUCAGUCAAAAAGGCAACUUGUCCGAGCACGAGCGUAUCCACACGGGCGAGAAACCAUACCAGUGCGCUCAAUGCCCGAGGCGGUUCACCACGUCCUCGCAGCACCGGCUGCACGCGCGCCGCCACCAGGCCGACACCGAGCGGCCGCACGUCUGCAACCAUUGCGGGAAGCGGUUCGUGUGCCGCUCGUCGUGGCUGGCGCACAUGCGGCGCGAGACGCGCGCGGCGGGCGGCGCGGCGCGGCACCGGUGCGCGGUGUGCGCGCGCGGGUUCGCGGAGCGCGGCGCGCUGCUCAAGCACCAGCGCCGCCACACCGGCGAGCGCCCCUUCCGCUGCCCGCUCUGCCCCAGGGCCUUCGCCGACUGCUCCAACCUCAACAAGCACAAGAAGGUACCACACCCACCGACCGUCAUGGCUGGCGCACCUGGGUGGAGCCCUGAGGCACCGGUGCGCGGGCCUUCGCCGACUGCUCCAACCUCAACAAGCACAAGAAGGUACCACACCCACCGACCGUCAUGGCUGGCGCACCUGGGUGGAGCCCUGAGGCACCGGUGCGCGGUGUGCGCGCGCGGGUUCGCGGAGCGCGGCGCGCUGCUCAAGCACCAGCGCCGCCACACCGGCGAGCGCCCCUUCCGCUGCCCGCUCUGCCCCAGGGCCUUCGCCGACUGCUCCAACCUCAACAAGCACAAGAAGGUACCACACCCACCGACCGUCAUGGCUGGCGCACCUGGGUGGAGCCCUGAGGCACCGGUGCGCGGGCCUUCGCCGACUGCUCCAACCUCAACAAGCACAAGAAGGUACCACACCCACCGACCGUCAUGGCUGGCGCACCUGGGUGGAGCCCUGAGGCACCGGUGCGCGGUGUGCGCGCGCGGGUUCGCGGAGCGCGGCGCGCUGCUCAAGCACCAGCGCCGCCACACCGGCGAGCGCCCCUUCCGCUGCCCGCUCUGCCCCAGGGCCUUCGCCGACUGCUCCAACCUCAACAAGCACAAGAAGGUACCACACCCACCGACCGUCAUGGCUGGCGCACCUGGGUGGAGCCCUGAGGCACCGGUGCGCGGUGUGCGCGCGCGGGUUCGCGGAGCGCGGCGCGCUGCUCAAGCACCAGCGCCGCCACACCGGCGAGCGCCCCUUCCGCUGCCCGCUCUGCCCCAGGGCCUUCGCCGACUGCUCCAACCUCAACAAGCACAAGAAGCCCUGAGGCACCGGUGCGCGGUGUGCGCGCGCGGGUUCGCGGAGCGCGGCGCGCUGCUCAAGCACCAGCGCCGCCACACCGGCGAGCGCCCCUUCCGCUGCCCGCUCUGCCCCAGGGCCUUCGCCGACUGCUCCAACCUCAACAAGCACAAGAAGGUACCACACCCACCGACCGUCAUGGCUGGCGCACCUGGGUGGAGCCCUGAGGCACCGGUGCGCGGGCCUUCGCCGACUGCUCCAACCUCAACAAGCACAAGAAGGUACCACACCCACCGACCGUCAUGGCUGGCGCACCUGGGUGGAGCCCUGAGGCACCGGUGCGCGGUGUGCGCGCGCGGGUUCGCGGAGCGCGGCGCGCUGCUCAAGCACCAGCGCCGCCACACCGGCGAGCGCCCCUUCCGCUGCCCGCUCUGCCCCAGGGCCUUCGCCGACUGCUCCAACCUCAACAAGCACAAGAAGGUACCACACCCACCGACCGUCAUGGCUGGCGCACCUGGGUGGAGCCCUGAGGCACCGGUGCGCGGUGUGCGCGCGCGGGUUCGCGGAGCGCGGCGCGCUGCUCAAGCACCAGCGCCGCCACACCGGCGAGCGCCCCUUCCGCUGCCCGCUCUGCCCCAGGGCCUUCGCCGACUGCUCCAACCUCAACAAGCACAAGAAGGGCCUUCGCCGACUGCUCCAACCUCAACAAGCACAAGAAGGUACCACACCCACCGACCGUCAUGGCUGGCGCACCUGGGUGGAGCCCUGAGGCACCGGUGCGCGGUGUGCGCGCGCGGGUUCGCGGAGCGCGGCGCGCUGCUCAAGCACCAGCGCCGCCACACCGGCGAGCGCCCCUUCCGCUGCCCGCUCUGCCCCAGGGCCUUCGCCGACUGCUCCAACCUCAACAAGCACAAGAAGGUACCACACCCACCGACCGUCAUGGCUGGCGCACCUGGGUGGAGCCCUGAGGCACCGGUGCGCGGUGUGCGCGCGCGGGUUCGCGGAGCGCGGCGCGCUGCUCAAGCACCAGCGCCGCCACACCGGCGAGCGCCCCUUCCGCUGCCCGCUCUGCCCCAGGGCCUUCGCCGACUGCUCCAACCUCAACAAGCACAAGAAGCCCUGAGGCACCGGUGCGCGGUGUGCGCGCGCGGGUUCGCGGAGCGCGGCGCGCUGCUCAAGCACCAGCGCCGCCACACCGGCGAGCGCCCCUUCCGCUGCCCGCUCUGCCCCAGGGCCUUCGCCGACUGCUCCAACCUCAACAAGCACAAGAAGGUACCACACCCACCGACCGUCAUGGCUGGCGCACCUGGGUGGAGCCCUGAGGCACCGGUGCGCGGGCCUUCGCCGACUGCUCCAACCUCAACAAGCACAAGAAGGUACCACACCCACCGACCGUCAUGGCUGGCGCACCUGGGUGGAGCCCUGAGGCACCGGUGCGCGGUGUGCGCGCGCGGGUUCGCGGAGCGCGGCGCGCUGCUCAAGCACCAGCGCCGCCACACCGGCGAGCGCCCCUUCCGCUGCCCGCUCUGCCCCAGGGCCUUCGCCGACUGCUCCAACCUCAACAAGCACAAGAAGGUACCACACCCACCGACCGUCAUGGCUGGCGCACCUGGGUGGAGCCCUGAGGCACCGGUGCGCGGUGUGCGCGCGCGGGUUCGCGGAGCGCGGCGCGCUGCUCAAGCACCAGCGCCGCCACACCGGCGAGCGCCCCUUCCGCUGCCCGCUCUGCCCCAGGGCCUUCGCCGACUGCUCCAACCUCAACAAGCACAAGAAGCCCUGAGGCACCGGUGCGCGGUGUGCGCGCGCGGGUUCGCGGAGCGCGGCGCGCUGCUCAAGCACCAGCGCCGCCACACCGGCGAGCGCCCCUUCCGCUGCCCGCUCUGCCCCAGGGCCUUCGCCGACUGCUCCAACCUCAACAAGCACAAGAAGGUACCACACCCACCGACCGUCAUGGCUGGCGCACCUGGGUGGAGCCCUGAGGCACCGGUGCGCGGGCCUUCGCCGACUGCUCCAACCUCAACAAGCACAAGAAGGUACCACACCCACCGACCGUCAUGGCUGGCGCACCUGGGUGGAGCCCUGAGGCACCGGUGCGCGGUGUGCGCGCGCGGGUUCGCGGAGCGCGGCGCGCUGCUCAAGCACCAGCGCCGCCACACCGGCGAGCGCCCCUUCCGCUGCCCGCUCUGCCCCAGGGCCUUCGCCGACUGCUCCAACCUCAACAAGCACAAGAAGCAAGUGCACAAGCAAGUAAGCCUGCUGGUCGACAAGAACCUCCCGGUGCCGGCCGCGGCCGCCCCCGCCAGCCCGCAGGACGAGCGCGUUAUAUACGUGGCCUACGACGUAGACUCCGGCCCCACCGCCUUCCACAUCGUCGAAUCCGACCAGAUGACGACAAUAGAAAACGACACGGUGCUGAAAGACACCCUGUACUCGGGCUCCUCGCUCCUGCGGCGGCCCGAGCUGCCCGAGCCGGAGCCCGUGGAACAGAUGGAACAGGUGGAACACGUCCUGGAGGAGAUGGAACCUGUGGUGCUGGAGGAGAGCGAACAUAUGCCGGUGACGGACGAGCAAGGAAACCCGCUGCACUUCACAAUGCAGGACGGCACGCGGCUAGCCAUCACUUCAGCCGACGGAAAGUCUUUGCAGGUUAUCACUCAAGAUGGCCAGACGAUACCAGUAGAAAUCAAUGGAUUCGCAGAUGAAGAGGAGAUAGAAAACCCGGACACGAUAGUGCACCAACUCAACCUGCAGAAGACGGUCGACACCGACGGCGCCUCCCACGUCGCCCACUACUUUACCAUCGUCUAGGCACCAAACACAUGUUUCAACUAAUUGAAUAGUGCAUAACUGUUAUAAUCGUAUUUUCUCGGAAACGUUCGUAUUUGUCAUGCUACUUCAAUCUCAGUAGGUACUAGGUACCGAGACUGACUGAAAUAGCAAGACACGUUCGUAAGUUUCCGUGAAAAUACGAUGGAAAGUAAUUAUGCACUACAUCUGUAAUCUAUAUAAAUGCACUUUCCAGUUACACGAUUGAAUCGAUUAAAUUCUAGCCAAGUCCCUAAGCCUUAGCUAAGUCAAUUUUUCCUUUAAAAAAUUCGGACUAGAAUUUUUUCCGAAAUUUAAGAACCACUACAAUACCAAACUACUAUACUAUGUAGCAGUGGCGGCGCGUCUAGAUUAUUCGUAGGCAAGCCGUAGCUAAGUUACCCUUCCUUUACAUCACAAGUUUAAAGAAAAUGGCCCAAGAGCCUGAAUAUCAGACAAGCCGAUGGGAAUCGUGUUCUAUGGACGCUCCGCCACUGCUAUGCAGUCAUUUUUAUAUAAUCAGUUCGAUAAUCUGGAACUUAUGCAGUCUCAAGUCGUUUUUACAAGAAAGACAAUUUUUUUUUACUAAAAUACCCAAUGAAAUAAAUGGAACAUACCUUUUUAUCGAAACAUAAGAGACUGAAUAUGCCAGCUAAACUAUACUUUAUAGUUCUUUUUUAUUUAUUAUACAUUCGAUUACUAUCUCUACGAUUAGUCUCAAGUAUUUUUAACACAAAAGGUAAAUACUGUUUUACUUGAAUACUCACUGAAAUAAAUAGGUACAUUAAAUUCAACCAAUAUAAGGUUGAUCCACACCAUUAAUUUUAUAUUUUGAAUUUUAUUAUUUCAGUAAUAAAGUUUUACCAAUUCUGCGAUAAAGAGAGAAUUAAUUCACACACUACUGAUAUUUAUAUUUUUAAAACAGCUGGGAUUAGCGUAUGGUAUUCAAAACCGAAAACACAAUGUUCACAAUGAUCUCAAUUUAGUGUAUGUAUAGUUGAAGUUAUUUGAGAUGAACAUAGUAGGGUAAAUCUUCAAAUACUGGCCACUGUUCAAUAACGGAAUUCAUUUUAGUAUAUAAGGUGGCUAGUUAUUAUAGGGUGCCCAGUUAUUGACACCUUAUACUAAAGAUUAAUUCUGUUUAUAGGUGAAUAGAAUUCAUUUUUAAGUAUAAGGUGGCCAGUUAUUAGACAGUGACUAGUAAUUGACGAUUUACCCUAUACCAUGUUUCAAUGUCGGCCUAAAUUUACUCAAAAUCAUAAAGAUCUUGUCAGUAUCGCUCCUCUCAAAUAAUUUUAAGUCAAGGUAUGCCCUGGCCGAUUUGUGGUAUUUAAUUUCGAUUCGAUUUACAGAGUGAUUUCUUUUAUGAAGCUAUGUAAAAAUGUAAUAGUAAUGUUGUUACCACGAAUCGGCCUAGACAGAACUUAACCAUACAUAAUGUACCUAUAUGAUGUGCAAUCUACAUUUUGUACUUGUAAAUUUUUCAAGGUUUUAGUUAAUAUUCUAAUAAUUUAAUGAUUAGCAAUAUAGCGACUUGUAUUUAUUAAGAUAGCAUGCUUUUACUAACUGUAAGUUAUACCGUGGAUUGUAUUUUUUAUUUAUCUUUUAAUUAAAUUUGAUUUUACAUUUUAAGAUGAACAGUUGAAUGAUUGGACCAUACUUAAUUUAUUUAAUUGGUAUUAUGGAAGAAAGUGUUUAUGUUCUAUGGAUAAUAUAAUAAUUAAAGUUGAUUUAAAACA